CCGACCGGGAGUCAGGAGCCACCGGCCAGGAGCAAAAGAUGCCCCACCACAGCCUGCAUGCAGCGACUGUCCUCCUGCUGGUGAUCUUGAAUCUGCAGCCUUGCAGCCCAGCCCCGCUGAACGGAUCCAAGUGGACCUAUGUUGGUCCUAAUGGGGAGAAGAGUUGGUCCAAGAAGUACCCAUUAUGUGGGGGCCUGCUGCAAUCCCCAAUCGACCUGCAUGGUGACAUCCUCCAGUAUGAUGCCAGCCUUGUGCCUCUAGAGUUCCAAGGUUACAAUGUGUCUGCCAAUGAGCAGUUGAACCUGACCAAUGAUGGCCACUCAGUGAGACUGAUCCUGCGCUCAGACAUGCACAUCCAGGGCCUCCAUUCCCACCGAUACAGUGCCACCCAGCUGCACCUGCACUGGGGGAACCGCAAUGACCCCCGUGGCUCUGAGCACACCAUCAGUGGGAAGCCCUUUGCUGCUGAGCUGCACAUUGUCCAUUAUAACUCAGACCUGUACCCCAACGUCAGCUCUGCCAGUGACAAGUCAGAAGGCCUCGCUGUCCUAGCUGUCCUCAUCGAGAUGGGCUCCUUCAAUCCAUCAUAUGACAAGAUCUUCAGUCACCUUCAACAUGUAAGGUACAAAGGCCAACAAGUGCUCAUCCCAGGUUUCAACAUUGAAGAACUGCUUCCCGAGAGGCCUGCCGAGUACUACCGAUAUGAAGGGUCCCUGACCACACCUCCUUGCCACCCCACUGUGCUCUGGACGGUUUUCCGAAAUCCUGUGCAAAUUUCCCAGGAGCAGGCGUCAUCCUUUCAGUGGCCUUGGCUGGCAUUCUUGGCAUCUGUAUUGUCCUGGCAGUGUCCAUUUGGCUUUUCAGAAGGAAGAAGAGUAGCAAAAAAGGUGACAAGGGAGUCAUUUAUAAACCAGCCAUUAAGAAGGAGACCGAGGCCCAUGCCUGAAAUCCGUGGCACUCCCAGAUGUCCAAGGAAGGAACUUGUUUUGGACACCACAUACUUUGGCAUAUGUUCUUUGGAGUUCAAGGUGUUCUUUGGAGCUCAACCUACAAACACCCCAGACCUUUUGGGGGCCUCCAAUUGGGCUUGCCACUGCCUGGUGCCACUAUCACUCCCAUUGUGAUCCAUAGAUGGGAUGACCAGAAGGUGGGAACCUGGAACUGACUGCUCUGUGUGAGACAGCUGUGCUGUCUGGAUUCUGGGUCACAAAACAAGCCUCCUGCUAGCGACCUAUUACUAGUUGGAAAACACUUCCAUCUGGGGUCUCACUUGGUAUGCUCUCAAGUGUCCUGGAAAUUCGUCUUAUUCUCCCAGCUUCCAGGCUAGAAUGUAUACUCUCUGUUUAGGCAUUGCUUUUGAAACUCAGUUUCUUUCCUUCCUCCUUUGGAUUUCCUUCUGCUCAGAUAAACCUUCAGUCCUCACGGAAGAAUUGAGACAGGAAGGAUCAGGAUGUCAGAAAGAAAUGAAAACAAGAGAUAUACUGUGUGAUGUAGUGGGGGAAUUUUCAUAUUCCUGUUCCUUGGGUCAGAGACACUGAUUGGACCUUAGAAUACGGCAGUCUCAAGUUCCAUUUCUUGGUGGGGAUGAAAGGGUAACAGAAAGAAGAGAGAAAAAAGAGGGGGAAAAGUAAUGGGAAGACAGACUCUGGGAGAGUUUCUGUGAAGUCAGCACUGGAAUCACAAGUCACCUCACGGCCACCAUGUGAGAAGGACUGAAUGUUAAGUUCAACCUACCCUCCCAUCAGUGAGGCAGUUGUGUUUUAUACUCUACAAGUUUUAUAAAUAAGUGUUCCUUGAAAAUGAGUUGCUUCCUGUCUCCUAGAGUAGAUGUAAGUUCUGAGAUGAUCUGCUUUUGAACCUACAGAAAAUAGGCAGAAGCAAAAUGAUUGUAGAAAUUUGUCUCUUUUGCCCAGAUAUCUUUCUCCCACUUCUGUGACUCCCUUACUGCCAACCUGGAAUCAGGGUCUGUCUCUUCCUCUGACUUUGAAGGUUUCUAAUCAUGCUUGGUUGAAAUAUAGUUUCAUGCUACAAGAGCAGGAAGCUAUCUGUGCAGGGGCUAGCAUGGUCCUGGUAUUUAAGGACCAAUAUUAAUGGAAUGUUGCUAAGAUUCUGCAUUGUUCUCCCCCCCACCCAAGUCACAAAGACUAAGAAGACAAUUCUUUCCUCAUUUUCCUCCCAUACAGAUGGGAUCCUUGUAACAGUCAGUUCCAUGACUGAGAAGGAGCCUCAACCACUAGCCCCUGAUAGCUAGUUUCCUGCUUGUAGUUCACAGGGAACUUUCUGCUUCACAGUCUCAUUUUGACAGCAUAGAAUAUCCUCUCUUGAAGCACAAGUUUCUUUAUAAUAUCUUCCUCAUUCUACUUCUCCCUCCGACUUGAAAAAUUCUUUUUGUCACUGCCAUAACUUUUCAUAAUGACAGCAAGUCCUAUGUCUUUGUAGCCUGUUUUGCUAGGCAAGUUUAUAAGUGACCUCCCGGGGACUCAGAUGUGUGUCUGCGUGUGUGUGCACGUGAACAUGUGAGACUUAUGACAGCCUUGGAACCAGGUGUGGUGUCCCACCUUGCCAUUACAUGCCUGUGCAUUAUCAAAUGACAGAAAAGACAACCCUCAUGACCAAGCAACAUGAAAUAGGUGAUUUCUUGGCCUUGGUCCAAAAUUGCCAAUCAGAAACUAGUAAAAACCACUCCAAAGCAGCUGGAUUGUCUUUCCAAAAAAAACCCCUUCUGUAUACAUGAAUGAGUUUUAUGAGAGAACACAGAGAUCAUUGUACCUGGUACAAGGGCAGGCUUUUGAAAGGGAGACUCACUGGAAGGUGAAAAUGGUGGCUUUUCUCCUUCCCUCUUCCCUGUCAGCAUGGUCCAGGUACUCAGCCCUCAUGGCUGAGAUGAAACAAAGCCAGAAAAAAUGCUCCAAGAAUCAAUGCUGUCAACUUCUUUGCUAAUCCUGCAGGACUCCUGAAGAUCCAGCUUUCCUCAGAUUCUUACUCAUUCUACUGACACGAGCUGUCACUGCAGGAAACCAGUGCUGUCAUGUGUGACGCACAGCUAUCCUACACUUGCCACUUAACUCUGUUGAGUGGUGGGUGCCUGGGAGGCUCCAGUGGGUAUUGUGUUAGGCACAUGACAGGUGGAGCCCACAGAAACAAGGCAUAGGCUGGGGGAGUGACACAGGGAAGUCCCUGGCUUCUCCAGUCUUUCCUUUGCCUCUCACUAAAGGGGGAUCUCGAGCAUCUUUGAUUUGCCUCUUUAGUAUCAUCUGGUAAAAACCUGUAUGAGUUGCUUUAAAUACUAGAGUUUCUAGUAUUUGCUAUGCUGACUCCCCUAAUCUCAUUUCAAGUUCAGAUCCUAAAUUCCACUCCCUUGUGGGACUCUAUUAAGACCUCGUGACAGGCCCUUGGGAAGCACUGGGGUCUGUAGCACCCCUUAGUCCCUGUGCCUGGGACCAUAGGCCACCGUGGUGAUGGUCUGUUGAGCACUUCCAUAUUUAUUGUCACAAUGAUUGUAAUGCAGACAUAUCUGUAAGUAUAAGAAAUGAUAAAUAAAAUGUUUUUCACAUCAGA